AUGUCUUGGAUACGAUCGAUUCCCAUCUUUCAUCUUUUGCUCAUUAUUCUGUUCGCCGGAGAUCUCGGGUCUCAUACCUUCGUGAUUGCCAAUGCUAUAGACUGUACUAAUGGUUGGACGUCAGCAAACGGCUUUAGUUCAGAUGUUUGUUACGCCGCAGACAGGACUUAUUACUGCACGUAUUGUUAUAGACAAGAUAAUCUAUUACCCUCUGCUAGUGACUGUGUUGACUUGAAUGGAGAUUUAGCGAACGGAGGGAAAUGGUGGAAUUGCGAUAGCGCAAUGACUUACAAUAAAUAUGAUCGAGCAGAUGGUAGACCGAUCAUUUGUAAACAUAUUUAUAAAGCGGAUGGAUCGGCUAAAACGUAUUGGUGUAAAGCACCUAUUAGAAAACAACAAUGUGCACGGGAGUCGUGUAAGCCAUAA